UUCUGAAGUGUUGUCAUAAUCAUAAACGUCAAACGAUUCUGUUAUUGCGACGAAUUGCGGGUGUAUUAAUUUCCCAGCUUUGUUUUAAAGUAAUUGAUUACUUGUAAAUUCAUAAACCAUAUACUUUCGUUUAAAGAUCACGUGUUGCUUUGUUGUUUUUUUACAAUGGAGGCUUUGUACGACGAUUUAAGUAACUACGAAGACGUGAACGCUGUAGAGGAGCUACGAGAGGAAAACAAGGAACUGAAAGUUAAGUUACAAGAACAUGCUGCUGCUAUGGAAAAGCUUCAAAAAGAUAUUUUGCAGGAUUAUGACAAGCUUGAGUUGGAGUUCAAGAUGUUGGAGCACAACUACUCAUCCUUGUUGAAAACUGCUCGCUCAGAAAUAGAGAGGAAAACGAAAAUGAUAUCUGAACUGAAUAAAGAAAAAGACAUGAUGGUAUUGGAUGCUUUAAAGAAAGGCAAACAUAUCAGAAGAAAUUUUAAGAAGCCAAAGUCAAAUGUGAACAGUGAGAGAGUUCAGCAUGAUAGGUAUAGUAAGGAGAGAGGAAAUGAUAAACAUGUGAAGGAGGAUCCUCUACAAAAGAGUUUUGAAAAAAAAGAAACAACUAUGUUACCUGCACAAGACAAGUUCCCUGAAUCAGGUACUAGGAAUAAGUAUGAAAAAACUAGUAGCAAAGCAGAUUAUAGUGAUAGGAAAAAUAAUGUUAAAGAAAAUAUGCCACACCAUAAGACUGAACACUAUGAUCCUCUUCAAGUACUGGCCGGCAAUAUUAAGAACAGGAGAAAGUCUAUGCCAGCUCCCAGUGCAUCCAGUGACAUACUAAGUUCGGAUGAGGAUUUAAAACGAAAUUAUAAAACCAAAGACACAAGAACUGAUAAUAGAAACUUGAAUAAAGUCUCACUAGAUAGACAUAGCAAUAAAAACACAGAGCCAUCCAAUCUGGAUGAUAGAGCUUACAAUUAUCAGGGAUCUAGUAGGGAUAUGCACAAAGGUAGAACAAGUAGAUAUGAUGUGCCAGCACACAGGGGCAGGGAUAACUAUGAAGUACCAUCGAGAUAUAGAAAGCAUCCUAGCCCAGAGCGUGUGCCGAAGAGAUUGCACAGAGAUGACUAUCACCAAGAUGACUAUUAUAGACAAGAACAAAGAAGACAUCAAGGCAGAUCCUUCGAAAGUCCACCUAAGUCUCAUAGCCGACACAGGCCACGACUGACAGAGAACCAACCUAAUUAUGAGAAGCAGUCCUAUGAACAAGACAAACAUAGGCAUCAAUAUGAGGACAAACAUAAUUCAACUAAACAUAGACAAUCAAGUGAAUAUGACGAACCACUGUCUAAGAGGCAAAGAAUAGAACCUCUUGUUCAUUCUGAUACUCAUUUCAAAGAAGAUAGAAGGCAUUAUCCAGAGAACCAGCCUGUCUGUACACAACCCAUGCCAGCAUUUUCCCCUCAUGAAUAUGAUAGUGUUCGUUUCUCCUGCCAGUCCCCAGACUCUGUGCACGCGGAAUCAGCCAUUCCACAUUCCGUUAAAGAAAUCAUGGCUGUUGCUGCAAUACCACUAGAAGAUCCACGACUCUCAAGCUUAAAAUAUGCCGUUAUUAAACAAAAUGGCAAGGAUGUAUUAUCAACAAAAGUUGGCCUGAAUGUUGAUUUAAAACCAAUUGACAGAAGUUAUUAUGAUGUUCCUCCUGUUAAUGUCCCAACUGCAUUAGUGCGUCGUCCUUCGACUGACAGUAUUAUAAGCGAUAUCUAUCGUGAUGUCGGUAAUCCAGCCACUAAUUUAGAUGUGUCAUUUGAGUCAGGAGAGGUUUGUGAGACUGAUUAUGAAUAUCAUGACAUUUACGAUAUACCACACAAACAAAGCAAACAUGAAAUACAACCAAAACAAGUUAAAAAUGAUUCUACAAAGCAAACAAAAAAUGUAGGAACACUAGCCAGCCAGCCUAGCUUUGAAAAGUAUGUCAUACCAAAAGUUGGUCACAACAGUACAAAUACGUCAACUGUUCCUAUCAAUGAUCCACCUGAAACCGUCUCUCAUAGUAAAUAUAUUCAGAAAAAAGAUGCGGCUGAAAGUUCUUUCCCAAGGAAAUCAUUAAGCCUUGAACACAUACAUGAAGGGUCUGUAAGUUUUCCUAAUAACAACGGUAUCCAAAAGGAAAAUCAAAGUCAAGUAACACUCAAUAAAAUGGCCAUGGUUGCCGGCGAUUUAGAGCUAAGUGAUGACACCAGUGAUAAUGUUGAUAUACACAAACAAGUGGUGAAAGAAAAAAUUGAGAAAAGUUGCAAAUCUUUGACAAAUAUUAUCAAAGACAAGAAGGAAACUGAAAGCCUCGCGUCAUCAAAGGUGACGACGACACAUGUAGGUGAUAUAGAAAUUAAAAAUACUCCAGAUGAUAAUAGAGAAUUAGAAACAGUUAAGAAGCAAAAGAGCAAAAAAUCUAAGGGAAAGUCUAAAUCGAAAGAAAUGUCUAAAGAUUCUGUAGAAAGUUUAGAAGCUAACUGUCUUCCUGAAAAGACCAAGGCAAGGACUAAAAAAGAUAAAGAGAUAAAACCUAAAAAAACAAAGGAAAAGUUUAGUGAUCUCUUUGGUGAUAGUAAUAGUUUGGUGACUCCUGAAGAUUUAGGGAUACCUUCAUACUUACCUAUUUCUGAAGACGCACAAGAUGCGGUUGAUAUGAAGAUCGACAAAGCUAUUGCCGCUUCCCCUUCUCCGUUAGACAAGGGAGAAAUUCCUCUUGUGCAAACAGAACGCGCCGUAGAAGCGAAAGACACAACUACAGUUUGUGAUAUUAUGAGGGCGACAGAACCAAUGGAAAAUCACAAACUUCCAUCUCCUAUUGUAUAUGAAAACCUAAAUCCUGGCAUUGAUUCAGAUGAUACGGGUGUGGUUAAAACAGUUAUAAUUUCGACAGGAGUGCAGCCCGAGAUUCCGUUUGACGUUAACACCCAAGUUAAUACAAAUCCUACAGAUAGCACUAUGCCAGCAAAUGUGAGCUCAAAACCGACUGCAUUAGAAUAUAAAAAACACGAUCAUUUAAAAGCCUUGGCUACAUCUACACCACAAAAAGAAAUUACUGGUAAAAACUCAAUAGAAUCCGAAGUUGGAACAAUGGACUCUGCUAGUAAGUCUGAUAUGGUCAAAGCAGUUUUAACGAUAUCUAAUGCAGAACCAGUAGCCAAACAGACUGACGUAAAUACUUUAGAUUCUCACGAUGCACCUGAUGUUAGAAUAUUUAUGAAGAGGCGCAGAAAGAUUAUAAAACGUCCACCGACUACCACUUAGCACAUAAUUACAUUAGUUUUAAGGAAGAACUGAAGUAGAAUAAUGUAGAAUGUCUGUGUAGACAAAUGAUAGUGCAGUCUUGUAAGCCGGCUUCAGAUAAUGCACAGUCGCAGAGAGUUAAGUUGGAGUUACCGCAGUAUUUAAGAUAAUAUGCUCUUUUAUUUAUAAAGUUAUAAGUUUCAUAAUUAUGUUUGAUUUACCUAUUUUUCUAUGGUUUUGAAUCAGACUGAAUAUUUUAUGUAAAUAUUAUUUUAAGCAUCAUCAUUCAUCACUCUGCACCGUCUCUAUGGUGGCUGUGAUUAAGUUACUCAGUAAAAUAGUCGUAAGUUACAUUUAGCAGGUGCUCAACCUAAUUUUAAGUUUACAAAAACAAAUACAUAUUUUGUUUAGUGGAUUGUGGCAAGCUUUUUUGUUGUCUGCAGUUUCACCGCGCGUGCGACAUGUUUUUUGUUACGUAUUUAAACAAAUUUUAUUGGAUCCGCCAAGGCAAAAUCUCAUUCACAAAAUCACCAAUAGUUUUGGUCAAACAUUACUAUGAAUGAAUGUGUCUGAAUGGAAUUUGUUGUAAUAUACAAAAAUAUUUGUACAAUAUUUUGUCGUUUACGUGGCCAUUUUUGUUUUAGUAUUUUGUAUUUAUUUUUAUAUCUCAAAUUGAUACAUACAUAACCUCACGCCUGUUUCCCGUGCGGGUUUACAGAGAGUACGGAAUGUCAACUGCCAAAAAUGAUUAUAGUUUUCAAAAACAGUUCGUGCUAAUCACUCACACCACUCAAUUUUAAGACGCUUUACGUUUUAGGUCAUCCGCAUAGGUAUUGGUAACAUACCACUAUAAUGAUUAUCAACUAUUUCCAAACAAAUUGGAUAGAGAUCCCUUAGAAUGCAUGAUUCCUGUGCGCUGUGCGGCGGCAACAACAGGUUUCCGAAGUAUUUUACUGAGAUUUGCGAAUUAGUUUUUAGCAUCGCAUCAUAUUGCCCUUGGUAUAUCCAGUGUUCAUGUAUCCGUGACACUUGUAUAAUAUUUUCAUGAUGCUACGUUUUUCCACAAAUAGCAUCCUACUUGUAAACAAAACUUAUUGAAAAAACAAAUAAAAUAUUUGGUGUAUUCCCAUAA